AUGGCUGUCAGAGCUUCUUCAACAUUUUGCUGCCUUCAAUGGCUUCUGCUAAUUCUUCUUCUUUUGACACAAUUUGUUUCCUCUUCGCCUAUAGAAAGAAUACCAAGACUCGGAGUUCUUAGUAGGAUAGAAGACGCUGCUGCAUCUUUACCAGAUGACUAUUUGGCAUCACAGGAAUUACAAACUUACUAUUACAAUCAAACGCUUGACCAUUUCAAUUUUCAGCCACAAAGUUAUGCAACUUUUCAACAGAAAUAUGUUAUUAGCUUCAAGCAUUGGACAGGCGCCCAAGCUUCUGCCCCUAUCUUUGCGUAUUUGGGUGAAGAAUCUCCGUUGAACGCCGACAUUCAUGGCAUUGGUUUUCUUUUUGAUAAUGCUGCCAAAUUUGGUGCUCUAACUGUGUUCAUUGAGCAUCGAUUCUAUGGAGACUCAAUCCCAUUUGUGUCAAGACAAGAAGCAUUGGCAAAUGCAACUCUCCGUGGUUACUUCAAUUCUGCUCAAGCUUUAGCAGAUUAUGCAGAAAUACUUCUGAACAUCAAGCUGAUAUUAUCAGCAGAAACUUCUCCAAUUAUUGUCAUCGGAGGAUCUUAUGGCGGAAUGCUUGCUUCUUGGUUUAGGCUGAAAUACCCUCACAUCGCCUUGGGGGCACUAGCUUCUUCUGCCCCAAUUCUUUAUUUUGAUAAUAUAACACCAUCCGAUGCAUAUUAUUCUCUUGUCACAAAGGACUACAGGGACGCAAGCGAGAGUUGCUCAAAUACCAUAAAGGAGUCAUGGCUUGAACUUGCUAGAGUUGCUUCCCAAGAAAAUGGUCUUUCCAUUCUUUCAGAGAAAUUCCAUACUUGCAUACCAUUGCAGAGAGCUGGGGACUUGGAAAGCUAUUUAAUGCAGAUAUUCUCAGUAGCAGCUCAAUAUGAUAGACCUCCAAGAAAUCCACUGUAUCAAAUUUGCAAAGGAAUCGACAAUGCUCCUGAAGGAUCUGAUAUACUCGACAGGAUAUUUUCAGGACUUGCUUCUUUCUAUCCAGCACAACGACCUUGCUAUAAUGUCUCUGAAUUCUUUGCACCAGAAACUAUGGAAGGCUGGAGUUGGCAGGUGUGUAGUGAACUUGUGGUGCCAAUGGGAGGUGGCAAUGAUACAAUAAUUCCAGAGGCCCCAUUUGACUUGAAGAAAAUGAGUGACUUUUGCUUGAGUAAUUAUGGAGUUCUUCCCAGACCUCAUUGGGUUACAACUUAUUACGGUGGUCAUCAUACACAUGAGGUGCUCAAGAAAUUUGGUAGUAACAUCAUCUUCUCCAAUGGCCUCAGGGAUCCUUAUAGCAGCGGAGGGGUGUUGCAAGACAUAUCAGACAGCAUUGUGGCUUUGAACACAGUUCAAGGGACACAUUGCAUGGACAUAUUGCCGGCAAGAGAAGAUGAUCCAGAGUGGCUGGUGAUGCAGAGGGAAAGAGAAAUUGAGAUUAUCAGCGGCUGGAUCCUCAAAUACUAUCAAGAUCUGCUUCAAAGUCAUUAUUAAUUACUACUUAUUCUUUUCUACUGUUUUUCUUUCUUUCUUUCUUUCUCCAUAAACCCUAGUCUUUCUUUUUCUUUCAUUUGGUAUAAGAUUAGAUAGCAAUUGAUACAUUUAGCCUAGUCUUUGGGAUUUCUAUAAUUUCCUAAUGUUUGAAGAUUACAUUUGCAUUAACAAUAUUAAACUACCCACCAAGGAG